CAGGUUACCGAAAUUAAUGGGUAAACCGAAUGGGGCACGCGAGAUUGAACCCGAAACCGUUACCGCUCUCAUCUGCUUCAGCCAUCGCGGGUUCCUGCGAUUCUCGCCCAAAUCGGAAGUUGUUUCGUUUCCUCUUUUGGAAGCUCGAAGAUCUCUGCGGAAAUGGCGGACGAAGCAAACAGAUCUGCUUUCAUGGAGAUUCAUGGCCGCAUGGAUUGAACUUACUGGGAAACUGAAACAGGGCCUUGUUGAUCUGUUCCUUCAUAAGUUCCUGAAAGGCCUUCUUAACCCGUUCCCUCAUCUGUUGUUUCAUCCGUUCCGCCAGCGAUUGAGAGCGCGCAACCAUGAUGGUGAGAUCGGAAUGCUUCUUCUGAUCCAGAAACUUUGACAUUGCGUAAGAAACCCGCGAUUUGACAGAACGAGUCGUCAUCUUUGCCGCCUCCAUGUAAAUCCUGACGAGGUCCUUCCGACAGUUGUUCAACUUCCCAGUGAUAUCUCUGCCGCGUUCUGUCAAACUCCUCAGCCCAUCGAGGAACGCUUCGCUGCCACGCAAGUCCUGUUCGAGAAAUCUCUGGGCAUAAUUGCGAUUCUCCUCCCGCAUGUUUCUGGAUGAGUUCGGCGAUAUCUGACAGUGCAGCAGAGGCGGUGUAGUAGUCGCGCAUGAAACUCAGAAACCGAGUCCGAGAUUCAGUUCCGGAAUCUUGGGAGAGAUGUGUCGACAUUGUUGUUUAGGAUAGAAACUUUGAAAGUGAAACUGACUACUGACUAAGAGAUGUUUGUGGGGGUGAGUUUGAGAUAUGGAGCUUUCUCACCCCACGUUGCCUAUUUAUACAGAACCUGCUCGUACAAACUUCCUUUUUUUUUUGGCGGUAAAACUUUCCAUUUGUUUACCGGCAGAGGUAAAGGCUAAAGCUUUCCUUUUUUUUUAUCGGCAGGCCAAAGCUUUCCUUUUUUAUUUUGUGUUUUUUGCUUUUGUAAGUUUAAAGUUUCCAAUUUCCCCUUCUCUCUCUAUCCAACCCAUUGAACCCAACUUCGCAAAUGUUAAAUUUUCAUUUCUUCUC